CUCUCCUUUGGCUACUUCCUUUGCCCCUAGUUUAAUUGUCUAAUCACACUUACCAGACAGUUCACUGGUGUGAACUCGCUCUGGUUUGUCUGUUGACUAUAGAUCUUUCUUGGCGAUUGCCCUCCAACUCCUAUCCAUAUCGCAGGCUGUCCCUUGACAUCUGUGACGUGGUAGACAUCUGCUCCUUACUUCUGCAGAAAUCAUCUGGAGGCCUCCUAUUUAAAACUCAUGUUUUAAAAGUCGAGUUUCGACAGACAGUGCGCCGAUUGAUAGCUAUGACGGGCUCAAUUCAUCAGUCCAGGCGGAUACUAUCCGUUAUCGCUGGGACACUCGCGGCACUUGCCUGCGGUACUAAUUACGCAUACUCCGCAUGGGAACCUCAAUUCGCGGAUCGGAUGAAGCUCUCAUCAACGGAGAGUAACUUCAUUGGUGCCGCAGGUAAUCUGGGCAUGUAUGCGUCAGGAAUCCCUUUGGGGUUAUUAAUAGACGCUCGAGGACCACGGCUUACGACAAUCUUGGGAGCCAUCACACUUGGCGUUGGGUAUUACCCAAUCUAUCAAGCACAUGUGCAUGGGGAAGGGUCGCUGAGCGUGGCAAUGCUGUCGUUUUUCUCUUUUCUCACUGGCUUUGGAAGCUGUUCCUCCUUUUCUGCAUCUAUUAAGACAGCGGCUUCCAACUUCCCUGAUCAUCGAGGCACAGCAACUGCGUUUCCCCUGGCUGCAUUUGGCCUGAGCGCCUUCUUCUGGUCCACCGUGUCUGCGAUUCUCUUCAAGGACGACACGGGCAAAUUCCUUCUUCUCUUGGCCCUAGGAACCUUCCUAUUAAACCUUGUCGCUAUACCAUUCCUCCGUAUCCUGCCACCUCAUAGCCCAUACCAGCCUUUGUCACACCUGGGGGACACCAUCGUCGAAUCCCGGCCAUUGCGUACUACUGGGUCAACUGAACUACGGUCAUCUUAUCAGGAAGACUAUGAUGAAGCAGGUACGCAAAGUUCUAGUGUCUUUGAAUCACAGCCCCACGCGCACGCUCGAUCACUCUCACACGCCUCGAAUUCCCACCAUCAUCAUGUCAAUAGCCUCGACUCCGACGAGACAUCUUCCUUGGUAUCUAAACCGAUCUCGAGGCUGUCUCGAGAUGCCCUGGAUGGAUUUCGCGCAGAUGAAGACCUGCCCCAUGUGACUCUCGACUCACCUCACCCAGACGUUAGAGGCUUGGCGAUGCUGCCGAAUGUAGAGUUCUGGCAACUCUUCCUCACAAUGGCGCUUCUUUCUGGGAUUGGAUUAAUGACUAUCAAUAAUAUCGGCAACAGUGCCAAAGCUCUCUGGCAACAUUACGAUGACAGUGCGAGCUCCCAGUUCAUUCAUCAGCGACAGGUCAUGCAUGUUUCCAUCCUGUCCUUUGGCAACUUCAUUGGCCGCCUCUUGAGUGGCGUUGGGUCCGAUAUGCUAGUCAAGAAGUUGAACAUGUCCCGAUUUUGGUGCUUGUUCAUUUCUGCAACGGUCUUCACGGGAACACAACUUGCGGGAGCCGCGAUCUCGAACCCUAAUCAGUUGGUUGUAGUUUCGGGGUGCACCGGCGUUGCAUAUGGAUUCCUUUUCGGUGUCUUCCCAUCGCUGGUAGCUCAUACAUUCGGAAUCGGAGGUCUCUCUCAGAACUGGGGAGUGAUGACCCUUGCACCAGUUCUGAGUGGUAACCUUUUCAACCUAAUCUACGGCAGCAUUUAUGAUAAGCACUCGAUUGUUGCCCCCGAUGGCGAGCGAGACUGCCCGGACGGCUUGGCUUGUUACCAAGGUGCUUAUUACAUGACUUUCUUCUCUGGCGUUGCCGGAAUCGUCGUGUGCCUGUGGAGUAUCUGGCGCGAGUACCAGAUUCACCAAGCUUUUCGCAGAAAGGUGGAACAUGACCGUCUCGCUUGAUAACCUCCAAAAUUGAAGCAGGCCGAGAUUUCUCUUGAGCGACGUCCAAGCCUCGCUCUCUAUUACCCUUCCUGACAUUCUCUAAUCUUUUUCUUUAUAAUUCUGUGAUGACUGUUUCUGGGCGGUUAUAUAGACGGUGAGGCUUAGAGCGCGUCUGGUUUACAUCCUUCCCUUCAUUUCUCUGUUUCAUCCCAGCCCGAUUUCUGACACCAUUACUCGCUUGACACUAUUUCCCCGUUUCUGAACUGGUUCAGAUACCCGUCGCAAAUCAAUGUACAUACGCCUCGGAUCGCUCCUUAGCUACCGAUUUCCCAU